AUGGCCGCCGACGAUAAUGAGCCACCGUCAUUACCAUCUCCGACUGCAGCGAAAGCAACUAUGUUUGUCGCCGAUCGAAAGCUUUACGGCCACCUCGACAACCUGAAGGAUGCUUGCACCGGCCGCAGGAUCAACAGCGGCACGGAGCUCGUACAUGUCACAGAUUGUGGUAAACUGCUCAAAGACCUCACUGGCGAGAUGGAUCCAGCUGUGCCAUGCCAGAUGAAGCUCGAUGACGGGAGAUUUGCGCCAGAUUUCAACUACCACGCCGGUGGCCACCAACUUCACGUCACCUACAAUGAUCUGUCCUUCGUACCAGGAGUUCGCAUCUCAUACGAGCUAAAGAACACCGCCGGCCACCUGUAUACCACCCUCGUGGUUGAUUGCCACUUCAACAGGAGCCCGGAAACAGGUCCAGGCAUUUACGACUACCACUGUACUCCUAGCGGCUCGAUGUCGUUUGUCGUCUAUGGUGCGGCAUGCUCCGGAUGCAACAAACUCGAUCGCACACAGCACCGACCUGACGGGUACGAUCAUCGCAUCAUUGACAAGCUUGAGAGCCUGAUUUCGCCCGAUAAACCUGUGCAGCUCAUGUUACAGCUGUCCUACCGCCGCGUUCGCAUAGGCGACUUGCAUAACAUCAGAGAUGUGCAAGCUCGCGUGUCCGGCGAGACCGUCGACCUUCUCCCAUCCAUCAAAGCAGGGGUCGAUUACGCGGCGUUUGGCAACGAUCCAGACCGUCUGGCGAUUCCUGUGUUGCAGUACAAAGAGGAGGGCGGCAUACUACACAGGAUGCUGCUGGUGCAGCAGCUCAUCUCCGGACAGAAUCGCCACCUGAUGGUACCGCAAAAAGCCGAACACACAUUCCCGACGGUCAAAGCAGCCAUUGUGGAGUUGGUCUACUCUCAGGUCGCGGCUGAAGCACAGCGCGAAGCUCAUCGACUGUGGUGA